CCUCUUCUCUUUCUCGCACGCUUGUCGUAGCCACGAGCAGCAGCUCCAGCCUCCAGCUACUUGUUCUUCAGGCAGGCCGACGGCGGCGGCGACGCCGGCGAGAGGGCGGCGCUGGCGCCGGUGGAGAACGGUGUGCCGCCGCCGAGCAACAAGGCCGGACGGCGGUGGCCACCGUCGCCGGCGGUGCUGCGGAUGAGGGGCGUCGGCUCCGUCAUGGUCGGCGUCGUCUUCCUCGCGCUGCUCAUCCUCAUCCCGCGAUGGCUCGGCCUUGACGCUUCGUUUCUACGUGACAGCACCAUGGUGAGCACCAGCGCGCGAGAAUGGCAUCCCCACCACAACGUCUCCACGCCGCCGCUCAUGCCACUGCCGUUCUCCUGCGGCAACGCCACCGCCGCGGCGACCUGCCCCGCGGAGCCAUCGCUGCCGGCGAGGCCUGCCAGCGGCGGCGGCGGCGACCACCCGGCGCCGACGUGCCCGGACUACUUCCGGUACAUCCACGACGACCUCCGGCCGUGGCGCGGCGCCGGGAUCACGCGCGAGGCGGUGGAGCGCGGCCGGCGGCACGCCUACUUCCGGCUGGUGGUGGUGUCCGGCCGCGCGUUCGUGGAGACGUACCGGCGGUCGUACCAGACGCGCGACGUGUUCACGCAGUGGGGGAUCCUGCAGCUGAUGCGCCGGUACGCCGGCCGCGUCCCCGACGUGGACAUCAUGUUCGCCUGCGACGACCCGGGCCAGGUGCGCGCCGCUGACUUCGCCGCCGCGCCGGCCGACGCGCCGCCGGUGUUCCGGUACUGCAAGGACAAGACGACGCUGGACGUCGUCUUCCCGGACUGGUCCUUCUGGGGGUGGCCGGAGGUGAACAUCGGGGCGUGGCCGGGGAUGUUGGAGGCGGUGCGCCGCGAGAACGAGCGCGUCCGGUGGCCGGAGCGGGAGCCGUUCGCCUUCUGGAAGGGCAACCCCGGCGUGGCGCGCAUCCGCGGCGAGCUCAUGAAGUGCAACCCCUCCAAUGGCAAAGAUUGGAACGCUCGUCUCUUCACCCAGGUACAAGAUAUACAUAGAGGGCAACGCGUGGUCGGUGAGCGAGAAAUACAUCCUGGCGUGCGACUCGCCGGUGCUGUUCGUGACGACGCCGUACCAGGACAUCCUCUCGCGGGGGCUCGUCGCCGGCGAGCACUACUGGCCGAUCAACCGCACCCGCAUGUGCGGCUCCAUCAAGCUCGCCGUCGACUGGGGCAACGCCCACCCGGCGGCGGCGCGGCGGAUCGGCGAGCGGGGCAGCCGGUUCGUGAGGGAGCAGAUGAGCAUGGACUACGUCUACGACUACAUGCUGCACCUGCUCACCGAGUACGGCAAGCUGCUCCGGUACAGGCCCGCCGUGCCGGAGAAGGCCGUCGAGAUCUGCGCCGCCUCCAUGGCGUGCCCGGCGAAGGGCCGCCGCCGGGAGUGCAUGGACGAGUCCGUGGAGGAGUUCGUCGCCGGAUUCGAGCCCUGCGCGCUGCCGCCGCCGUUCACGGAGGAGGAGGCCAGGGAGAUCGCCGCUAGGGAGGAGAAGGUGCUGAGGAGGGUAGAGAAGAUGGAGGAGAAUAUAGCUAGCUAGUUAGUGGAGUGCAGAAUGAUGAAAUGAGAUUAUCCAAUUUAAUACUAUAAACUUAGAAAGUAUUUUCACCACUCGGUCGGAUAUUCACUUUUUUUAUGUUAUAUAAAUAGUCAUCAAUUUUUUUAAAAAAAAGAUAGAUUAAUAUGAGAUAUAUAACACCUCAAACA